AACGCAGCGUCCGCCAGGGAUCCGCAGUCCACCCGCUGACCCGAGGACCGUGUGACUCAGCGGGAGUUGGACCGGUGACCCCGGCUCGUCGGUGCGAGGGACCCGGGGGGAGGAGCGGCGAGAGACCGGUGUGUAAGCUCCGUGAAGGAGGAAGAAGUGUCCCCGCCCGCCCCAGCCUCUCCGCCGCGGUCAUGGCUGCCCUCGGGAACUCGGGGGCCGCCUCCAGCCCGAUGGUGGUGCUGGCGCCGAAGACCAAGACGAAGAAGAAGCACUUCGUCCAGCAGAAGGUGAAGGUGUUCCGGGCCAGCGACCCCCAGCUCAGCGUCUUCAUGUGGGGCGUCAACCACUCGAUCAAUGAUCUCAACCAGGUUCCUGUUCCUGUCAUGCUUCUCCCCGACGACUUCAAGGCCAACACCAAAAUCAAAGUGAACAACCACCUCUUCAACAAAGAAAACCUUCCGGGACACUUCAAAUUCAAAGAGUACUGUCCUCAGGUCUUCAGAAACCUAAGGGAACGCUUUGGUAUCGAGGAUCUGGACUAUCAGGUGUCGUUGACCCGCAGCCCGCCAUCGAGGAGCGUAGACGACCAGGAGGUUCUGCUCCUCAACUCCUACGACCGCACGCUGGUGGUCAAGCAGAUCUCCAGCGAGGACGUGGCCGACAUGCACAGCAUCCUGUCCGAGUAUCACCAGCACAUCGUGAAGUGCCACGGCAGCACGCUGCUGCCACAGUUCCUGGGCAUGUACCGCGUGGGCGUGGACAGCGAGGAGACCUACCUGAUCGUCAUGAGGAACAUGUUCAGCCACCGCCUGCCGGUGCACAGGAAGUACGACCUGAAGGGCUCUCAAGUGGCUCGAGAAGCAAGUGACAAAGAACGGGGUAAAGAGCUUCCCACCUUCAAAGACAUGGACUUCAGGAACAACAUGCAGAAGGUGUUCGUGACCGAGGAGGAGAAGGAGAAGGUCAUGGAGAAGCUGAAACGAGACGUGGAGUUUCUGGUGAAGCUGAAGAUCAUGGACUACAGUCUGCUCCUCGGCAUCCACGACGUGGGCCGAGCUGAGCGGGAGGAGGACGAGGGCGAGGAGGUUUCCAACGAGGAGGAGCCGGAGGCGGAGAACGGCGCCGGGGUGGGAUCCUAUGGAACCUCUCCGGAGGGAAUCGCUGGGUACAUGUCCUCCUGCAAACCUCUGGGGCCCGGAGAGUUCGACCCGUACGUGGACGUGUACGCCAUCAGGAGCUGCUCAGGAGCUCCUCAGAGGGAAGUUUACUUCAUGGGCCUGAUCGAUGUCCUCACUCAGUACGACACCAAGAAGAAAGCUGCUCACGCUGCGAAAACCGUCAAACACGGGGCCGGAGCUGAGAUCUCCACGGUCCACCCGGAGCAGUACGCCAAACGCUUCCGAGACUUCAUCUCAAACAUCUUUGCGUAGCGGUGACGGAGCUCCGCCCACAAACCGAUCCAGCCGAAGCUAAAAGUCAAUAAUAUCACUGACCCGAAAUUGUCAUUGCACACGCGGAUCUGGGGCGCGACUACAAAAUGUAUGACUUCUGAUGCAUAUAUUUAUUUUUAAGAUUUAAAAAAUCGCAUUUCUUAUAAAUGUUCAGCACUCUAAAAGGAAGCGAGGGUACGUGGAAACAAACUGCUGUGGAUCAGUGUUGGAACUGUCAGACAGAUCAAGGAUCAAGAGUAUUGACCUUUUCACUUUGCUGUGGUUCUUGAGGACGAACUAAAUUUGAACGAAACAGAUUUUCAGUCUCUCGUUGAGAGUUGGAAGAGAAGAUUAAAUUAAAUAUGAACAGGAUACGACAGUUUAUUUAGACUCUGGCGUGUGAAACCAUGGGUCACGUCUUCCAGAAGAACGCUCUUCUCACUCCACCUUCCACUUCCAAACACUCCUUCACACAAACUAGUUAUUAAUCUUCUCCUCUAACUCAGCCAAAAAGUCCCAACGUGUCCAACUGUUCCUUUUUAAAUCGUAGAAUAAUCUUUGAUAAACCGGUGUAGGGUAGAUAACAGGGUGAAUGUUGACCGUGCCAAACGUGUGGGAUCAAAGCAGGAUUUGCACUUUUAUUUUAAACCAGAAUUUGAAUUGAUGGGAUUCUGGUUUCCAACAAACUCGACAAAAUGUUCUAAUAAAUUCAGUAAGAUCCUGUUUGGACCUGAUGUCAGCGUCUGUCCCGAGGGAUCAGAUCCGAAGUGGUCCGGUCUGAACGAACCUGAACCAGGUCUGAGGUCCGAGCCACAUUCUUAUCAGUGUGUGAACCUGGAGACAAGUCAGCUGACGUCUCUGACACGGAUCAACACAUAAUGACUCAAGCUUCUCCUCCACACACACACACACACACACACACACACACACACACACACCAGGGCUGUCGCACAUCUGGGUUUUCAAAUGUAACUGAAAAAAGAUGUCAUGUCAAAUAUUCUCUGAGUUGACUUUUAGAAACGGUGACAUCUGUGAACUGGGUAGAAAACGGCAGGAUUUGCUUUUCCAACUCGAAUGAGAGUUGUGAUGAUUUGCAUAAAGAGCAGGAAGUCGACCACCUGACAUCUGACCUCUCACGACCCCAUCAGCUCUGAACUGGGUCUGAAUGCUCGGUGAUUAAAUGGGGAACAUAUCUUAUUAUUUAGCGUCUGAGCUGAAGCGGCGUUCACGACCAGGAUCAGUCCUGACGUUUUAAAAAAAAAAUGACUCAGUCGCCCUCUUCGUGGAAAACAUGCGCUAAUGUGAAUCAUUGUCAUAGGAUAAGAUUUAGAAACAGAGGCCUAGCAAUAGAAGCAGGAAGUGUUGUGUGUGUGUGUGUGUGUGUAGUGUAACGAUGUAGAGCUAACCAGGCUGCUGUGUUAAAUCCUUUGACAGUAACACUACAUGUCAGUAGCGUGUGCGUGUUCGCCUUAACACAGUGAGACGAUGCAGCCACUCCCUGAUCGCACAUGUUGUAUUUUUGCAAAUCAGCUUUUUGACCAAAAUAUAUUUUAUGAAGAAUUUCUGAAAA